CAACCACCUUCCAUUCAACUUCAUCCUCAUCUUCAAACCGUUGAAAUUUUCAGAUUUUUCCCUUCCGCUUUUUGCCUGAGGAAUCUCAGGCCGCUACCACUACAACAUUUACCAUACUUAUAUUAUAUGCACACACCUAUAUCCUACACCCUACAAUCUUCACACAUCACAUUCCUGGACGAAAAAGCACAACCUAAUCUAUCAUACCUGUAGCCUUGUGCCUUGUUGAAUUUCCCCAUUCCGGGAUUGGGAUAUAUAUAAACAAAUAUGGCGGACCAAGCUCGUGUCUCUUACAUGACCAAGGAACAACUGGAAUCGUACCUUUCUGAUCUACGUUCCAACCGUCCCCAACGACCUAGCGGUGCCCGUCCAUUAUCAUCAGCAGCUAAAACGAGAUGGGCACCCCAGAGUUCCAACGACCCGACGGAAACAACAUCCGAACCGUCGACAUAUUCCACUCCCUCAAGAUUCACACCACCCCGUAUAGCAAAUACCUCUCCGGCCAAAUCAUUUAAUGAGACGUCCCGGCGGGAGGGCUGGUUGCUGAGGAGGAAUUCGCACAAGAGAUCCAACACCAUUUCCACACCGUCCUUAUCCCCGUUUAAAACCACUUCUCCAACACCUGUGCCGUCUGAUAAAGGGAAAGGCUGGGACGGCGUAUCGCUUCAGAACGGGAGGAUGGGGGACGUCCCAAUUCCCCGUGUCCCAACACUUACUAGGAGUAACUCGGAGAAGAAGCGGGAUUCGUUUAGUUUCCGGGACUUUUCCAAGUUUGGAAAUGGACACGGGAGGUCGAAUUCGGAGUCUUCUACCGCAUCUACAAACUCUUCCACUGGCGGUGCUACAAUCACGCGCAAGAAGAGUGUGACCUGGGCUUUACCUACGCUUUCCAGACCGUCUUCCCCUCCCCUCGUCGUUAUGCCACCGACACAUCCUCCUCCACGCUCCGCUACUCCACAGAUUGAAGAGGAAUUGACUUUGCAUUUUAGAUCAUUGCCUAGCGCCCCGUUGCCUGCCGUUGCCCCGUUGAGGAUUAACAAGACAUCCAUGUCUGGACGCUCGACGCCAACCAUUGGAGGGAAGGGUUCUUCAGUCGAGCCGAUGCAGAAGGGACUUCCGGUCGUGCCGGAGAUCGCCCCAGGAUUGAAGGAGUUUGCUGGUAUUCAGGGUGCACGUAGGGAGUUUAUUGAGCCGCAUAUGCGGGAGCCAACGCAGGAGAAUAGCCCGCGAUACACUACUAAUCCUGUGCCAUUGCCGUCCCCGCCAAUGUCUGGGUCUGAGGGGGAGGAUGCGGAUGCUGCGGAGGCGGAGGCUUUGAAGGAUUUGGGGAGAAGACCGUUGCCUAGAGUUGGGAGUGGGCAGACCACUGGUGCUGUUAGAAAGAAUAAUCAGAAGUAUGGCGCUCAGGUGCAGCCUCCGCCACCACCGGUUGUCGGGAUUGUCAUCAGUGACAGUCCUCCACCUACUUCUUCGAGUUCUACCUCCACGAUUACGGGGACUCCUCCUAUUCCGACAAUUCGUGCUCCGGAAGGCAAUUCUCGGCCACCGGCGCCUGCCAUAAGCUUCCCGAAUGGUGUUGAGGCUAAGAAAGACACCAGGCCAGCUCCUCCAGUGCCUUCCAUCUCACUUCCGGACGAGCAUUUGCCCUCAGCUUCAGCAGAACCCCCAAUUCCUACCCCAUCUGCAUCCAGGCGUCCUCUUCCUACACCUCGUGCAUUCCCGAAACCUCCUUCCUCGAAUUACUCUUCCGCGUCUUCUGCCGGCCGUGGCCCUACCGCUUCAUGCGCGUAUUGUAGAACCCCAAUUGAGGGUCGUGUAGUGUCUGCUUCAUCCCUUCGUUUUCACCCAGAGUGCUUCCGCUGCGACCAUUGCCACACUCGCCUCGAACACGUGGGAUUCUUCCCGGAACCCGAGGAGAGCCGCAGAAAACGUGCGGAGGCUUUUCAGGAUGAUAAGAGUUCUAUAUCUUCCGGAUCUACUGCGGCCGCCCACAGAGUCAAGUUUUACUGUCAUCUAGACUUCCACGAGUUGUACUCUCCGAGGUGUAGGAGCUGUAAGACACCUAUUGAAGGUGAGGUGGUUAUGGCAUGUGGUGGGACCUGGCACGUUGGUCACUUUUUCUGCGCGGAAUGCGGUGAUCCAUUCAACCCCUCAUCUAAAUUCGUCGAAAAGGAUGGAUACGCCUGGUGUGUGGGCUGCUACCAGAAGCGCUAUAGUGGUCGUUGUAAGAAAUGCAGGCAGCCGAUCACCGAGACUGUAGUCAAAGCCCUGGGAGCGGAGUGGCAUGAGGCGUGCUUCUGUUGUACUGAAUGUUCCACCAAAUUCGAUGAUGGCCGCUUCUUCAUCCGUGGUGAUAGGGGAAAGGAAGUACCCGUAUGCGUAUCUUGCGAGGAACGGAGAUUGAAGGCUUGA